UCUCCCCGUAGGAGCGUCCCUGGGCUCCGCCGGAGCCGCGCUCGGGUUCGGAGGAGCCGUCGCUGUGCUCUGCGUCCCCCGCCGGCGGCCGCGCACCUCCACGGCGCGUCCCGUCGCUGCCGCUUUAUGUUGCCGCCCCUUUCUGGCCCUUUCCUUCCAAGCUCCGGGCGCAGCCGGCCUGUUGCGAGCCGCACGUACCUCGCGGCGGGAGCGGUUUACUGAGCGGUUGGGUUUCCAGGGCGUGAAAGGUGCGAUGGAAUGAGGUUGUUGCUCUGGGGCCCGGCGGUUCGGGAGGUGCUGUGCUUUUCGAGACUCGGUAUCUGUUAGCUGGAUAAUGGAAAGCGCAGACGUAAACCUCCCGGGUUUGACUACAUCCUCCGCUGAGCUUCAGGACUAAAUUUGAAAACUGUUUUCACAUAGUACAGGUUAUAUUGUUCAAAUACUUCUAAGGAGCCUUGGUUGCCUGAGAUCUGUUGUCAGAUCACUUCAAGUUAUUUUUUGUUCAAACUUGAGCCACGCUGCAACAGGCUGCAGGGUGUCGAGGCGUUGGCAUUUGGUGGAGAAAGAGCUGCUGAAAUGCUUGGCUACAGAACUGCAGCACGUCCCCGGUCUGUAGUUCUGCAUAUGUGAAAGUGGAGCACAGUUACUCUCAUCUUUUUUUGAGAAAGCAUUAAAUCUGGAUUUGUCUGUGUUGGCAUCUGGAAAGAUAUUCCCUCCUUUAAGGACUUUCAGAGUUGAAUGUAGCAAUCUGUACCUAACAGAUGCCUUUAAAUUCAGAUUUCUUUUUGUGUUGGGAUGCUCAUGUUGCUCCUCGUAAUGAUUUAUUGUAUGGUUUGUACUUCUUUGUCAGUUUUCCUUCCUGUGUGAUAGCAUCAGUUUAGAAGAGAAAUAUUAGAAAACUGUAUUUUUAUGAAGCUGUUAAUUUUUUCUGUUUCUUUACCUUGGUUUAGUGAAGGGGGGACAAUCUACCACCCACCUAGGUAGUUUUCUGUAUGUACUUUGCUUUCUGUCCACAGAAGCGUUAUUUCUAGGUCCUCAUGCUCUUUGUAAUCAAUGUUGUACGUGUCUACAAAAGUGUAUUUAAAAACAUUAAUGGAGGAGAGCUUUAGAAAAUGGAAGAGAGUUUCAGUUUUCAUGCAUACAAAUAUAAACAAGUUUAAAAUGAGCUUGCAUAGGAAGCAAGGCUUUUGUCAAUCUAAAAGUCUAAGAAACUUUUUUUUAAAAAUAUAUUUUUAAAGUUUUAAAAAAUCUUGCUUUUUUAAAAUCCAUUAGUGACCACGUCAGUUAUGUUUUCUGUUCUGUCAUUGUUUUCUGAAAUGACCAAUACCAAAGGCAAACGAGGGCAGAGCACUGAAGCUAAAGCUCCUCUCUUUCAAUGACUACAAAACGUAUUUUGCUUUUCUUUCAAUUAAAACUUCAGUUCUCAACAACAUUUGUCUGUGUAAAGCUCUCACUCAACAGAUUUUAUCUCUUGUUUAAGCAGGGGUUGUCUGUGUUCACAUGGGCCUACUGCAAAGCUUGCCCAUGUCCCUGGGCGGCAUCUCUUCCUUCUCUUCUGUCAGCUGCACCACUUGGUUUGCGGCUGUCAGCAAACUUGCUGAUGGUGCACUUAAUUCCACUAUUAUUGUGGCUAACAAACCUUUGCUUAGCAAAGCAUAGCUGAUCCUUCAUCAAAGAAAUAAAGACAGCAUAGUUAAAAUAUUAUUUUUCCAAUUAUUUUCUUUUAUGACUAACAUCUUUUUAUUCAAUAAGCAGUCAGAAAUUCAGUAUCCCAUCUCUUAAGUAAACAUAAGUAUAUUUGACUAAGAAAAUAAACUACUUUAAGUACUAAAAAAUCUGUAUUUUUCUCAUGUUUGGAUAAGUGAGCUUUUUCCUAUUUUGCAGAAAUUUCUCCAAAAUAAAUAUUUAGGUACUUUCUGAAGGAACAUGUUAAACCAAAGAAAUUGAGAAGAUGGAAACUUUGUGGAAGCUUUCCUACUUCUUUAGCAGACGGUACGAAAUGUAAGGAUUUUGAUAUAUUCUACGCUUGUCUAUGGCAUGAUUUGAGUUAAGCCUUGAAGAAACCAAAAUGAGAUGGUGUUUACCGAUAACCACAGCCAUAUCUGAUUGGAAGUUCUACUGACUGAUUGUGUGAGCGAGAGAUGCAGGAAUGUCAUGCUUGUAAACAAGAUAAAACUGCUCUGUGGUCAGAGAUAUUGAGUCUGAAACAAUGGCCUACUGAAGAUGUGCAGCAAAAUGGGUUGAAUGAGUGCAGAACUACUUUAUUCUGAAUUCUGUUUUCGUCAUGUUGUAUUUCCAGUGCUGGUGGAGCUGAAAAUUUUUGCUGCUUGGUGCGAGCAUGUAUAAAAGGAAUGACUUCAUGGCCAAUGUGAUGGUCGCCUCUGCUACUCCAGAGGGUAGUAGCAGCUCAGAUUCUCUGGAAGGUCGAAGUUCAGAUUAUGCCAAUAAGAGCUAUGAUGCUGUUGUAUUUGAUGUAUUAAAAGUGACUCCUGAGGAGUUUGCUAGCCAAAUUACAUUAAUGGAUAUGCCAGUAUUUAAAGCUAUACAGCCCGAGGAACUAGCCAGCUGUGGGUGGAAUAAGAAAGAAAAGCAUAUCCUGGCUCCAAAUAUUGUUGCCUUCACUAGGAGGUUUAACCAGGUCAGUUUUUGGGUUGUACGAGAAAUAUUAACAGCACAGACAUUAAAAAUAAGGGCAGAAAUACUGAGCCAUUUUGUGAAAACUGCAAAAAAGCUUCUAGAGCUGAAUAAUCUCCAUUCUCUUAUGUCUGUGGUGUCAGCAUUGCAAAGUGCACCCAUUUUCAGACUGACCAAAACCUGGGCUCUGUUGAAUCGCAAAGACAAGGCCACUUUUGAGAAGUUAGACUACUUACUUUCUAAAGAGGACAAUUAUAAAAGAACACGAGAGUACAUCAGAAGCUUAAAAAUGGUUCCAAGUAUUCCAUAUUUAGGAAUUUAUCUCUUCGACUUAAUCUACAUUGAUUCUGCAUAUCCUGCUUCAGGCAGCAUUAUGGAAAAUGAACAAAGAUCUAAUCAAAUGAACAAUAUUCUCCGAAUAAUAGCUGAUCUGCAAGUCUCCUGUAACUAUGAACAUCUUACAACACUACCCCAUGUACAGAAGUAUUUGAAGUCUGUUCGUUACAUCGAGGAACUUCAGAAAUUUGUGGAAGAUGACAAUUAUAAGUUAUCAUUAAGAAUUGAGCCAGGUAACAGCUCUCCUCGACUGGUUUCCUCCAAAGAAGAUCUGACAGGUUCAGCUGAAGUGUCAGCAAUUAUGAAAUUCAGCAGGAGACCAACAUGUCCCGACACCUCAGUAGCAGCAAGUCUGUCUACACCUCCUAUACCAAGGCACAGGAAGAGUCACAGCCUGGGAAACAACAUGAUGUGUCAGCUCAGUGUGGUGGAGAGCAAAAGCGCCACUUUCCCGACAGAGAGGCCGCGCCACCUUCUGGAUGACAGCGUCCUGGAGUCACAGAGCCCGACCCGCAGCCACGUGCUGAACUCGCUUUUCACCAAUGGCAUUUCCGUAGAUAGCAGUGAAAGCUCAGAAUUUAGUGAGGAGCUGCCAUCAGUACUUGAAAGGGGUCGUUUAUAUGCCACACUGGGGCCGAAUUGGAGGGUGCCAAUCCGGAAUUCUCCCAGGAGUCGAAGCUGUAUCUACAGCCCAACAGGAGCCUGCAGCUACACAUUAGGUAGUUCCAUGGAAGUAGUUACCAUGGAAGGACCCUUAAGAAGGAAAACAUUGCUCAAAGAAGGCAAGAAACCUACUCUUUCUUCAUGGACUAGAUACUGGAUUAUGCUUUCAGGAUCAAAUCUUCUGUACUUUGGAGCAAAAUCUUUAAGAGGCAAUGAAAGAAAACAUUAUAAAUCUACACCUAGUAAAAAGAUCUCCAUUGUGGGCUGGAUGGUGGCACUGCCUGAUGACCCUGAACAUCCUGAUAUUUUUCAGCUAAAUAACCCUGACAAAGGUAAUGUUUACAAGUUCCAGACUGGUUCAAGGUUUCAUGCAAUAUUAUGGCAUAAGCAUUUGGAUGAUGCGUGCAAAAGCAACAAGCCUCAGGCACCUGCUAACCUAAUGUCAUUUGAAUAAUUUGCUCUUACCUGAUGUGACUUCAAGUGCCAAACUGAAGAAACAAGCUAUUUUUCUCUGAGGAAGAGGAGAAAAUAAUAGUUUUCCUGAUGUAAGCCAGCCACAACUACUUCAGCACUUUCGUGUGUAACUUGAAAGUGAUUCUGGCACAGCUUUUAAAAGCAGAAAGUGAAUGUUGUCCUUAGAACCAGAUAUAGUCUCAUGCACUGAGUGGAAGUAGACCAGUUAGAUGGACAGAAGAUUAAUCCUGACUCCUGCAGGAUUCUAGAGUUUUCAACUUUCUGUGGUUGCAGAUUGCCUCUGAACUGAUGUUUGACCACAAACUGAGCAUCAUAUCUUCUGCCUAUCCUUUUUUAAAUUGCUCUUUUUAUUGUUAAGCUGCUUUAUGUGACUGAAGAACAUUUGGCCCAUGUUGGGUUUCAGUUCUUUCUAAUGCACAGAAUAAUUGACAGUGUUAACUUGCUGCAAAGUGUCAAUUAGGAUAGAAAAUUGUGAAACAACUUUUUUAUAACGUAAGUGCACUGAGUUGCUUUGCAAUGUGGCUGCCUCAGAUUUUAUAUAAAAUCUCUGUACAAUUCUUUUGUUCAAAUUUGAGCUAUGUGGUAAAAAUGUAUUUUGGCACAGAGCAGUUAUUUUUAUUUGGUUAUGUUAUUCUGGAAUACCUUGGCAAGGAAUUUAAGGUGUAUAGUUUUAAAUUUAAUGUUGUGUUAAGUGUCUUUUUUUGUUUUCUUACUAGCCAUAUAACUAUUACAGUUUGGUUUUUGUUUGUUUGUCCGUUUGUUUUUUAAAUCUGAAUAUUGUUUAUCAUAAAGGGAACUGCUAUUCCUUGAUACAGGGUAGCAGAUAAUCAGGUUGUGUGAUACACAUUGCCCUGUGUCCUCAGAAUGACUCCAUAACAUUAUUUGCUGUUCUGUCUUACUGUUAGUGACUCAGCAUCACUUAAUUCCAAUACAUGGUGCACUUUUGUGGCAUCCAGUCAUGGUACUGCAUUUCUAAAAUCAUGAUGGCAAUGAAAGCUAGGCAAGACUGUCUGGUAGUGCAGCAGUUAUGUAGAAGCCUCUACAUUUACGCCCACAGAAUUUAAAAGGGAAAAACAACAACCAGCCUUCUCACUAUCUGAGCCUGUUCCUGUAAAGGAACUCUUCCUACAUCCAUAGCUGUAACCCUGCUGUGCCGUAGCAGCAAUGUAGUCACAGCUCUUUUCUAUUGCCAUGAUAAGUUCAGUGCUUUUUUGGUUUAAAACUCCUCUGUUUUUAAGGCAUUACUGCUGUAAGACAUUACUAAUUAAACCUUGUUAAUUGUAGGAAGAGGAAAAUCUCCUCUGUGUUUCCUAAGACUACAUGGAGGAGAGAUUUGCAAGCCAAGAUCUAGAUUACAGACCAUGAAAAUUUAUGUGAAGUUGACAGGUAUUCUUUGAUGACAUGAGUUGUAUAAAAAAAAAAAAAAAAGACAUAUAUUUAUACUUUUUUUCUUCUUGCUUGUUAAAUUAAGACAGCAGUGGACCAAGAAAAACACAAGUAUCUGCAAAGGCAGAACAUCCAGUGCUAUUAAUGUAAAAUGUAAAAGCUUUUUGAUAUAGUGAAUCAGUAAAUCAAUUAAAACUGCUAGAAUACAUCAUUGGAAUUAUUCUGCAGAUGUGUACUUCAGUAAUUAGUUAUCAACAAGAUUAUUCAUAAGGACACAGGUUACAUGAAUUGCCAUUUUACUGAGUAUGCCACCUAUAGCCAUGUGUAUUCUGUGUUUUUAGCAUCGAUAUGGUUUGAACCAUAUGCAGUUUUGUCACUACUUUAGAUUACACUUAGACCCUUAAAGCUAGGGAAAACUUCUAAAUCCUUGUCUAGAAACGCAAUUUGUGUUAAAAGGGCUACUGGAACACUGCCAUAGCCGAAAUAUCCCUGCAUUACUGGUUUAAAUGUGAGCUACCAAAAACUACCCCAGAGGAAAUUGAUUCUUUCUUUUAAAUCAUGUUUAAAUGAAUUAUCUCUUCCAGUUGCAAAAUAAGACUUACUUAUUUCUCUAACUAUGGAAAACUCUAAAAUUCUUGUAAAAUAACAAAAUAAACAAAUCAAAUGUUUCUGUUCUGCAUCAGCAUGCAUUUGGCCAUCAUGAGCAAAGAAGAACUUGUCUGAGAUCAUGUCAAAAAAGUCACAGAAAGUUUACUCAAAGAACGGUUAAAAUAUUGCCCAUUAUACUUUUUAGGUGGACUAACAAAUGAAUACCUAGUAAAGAAGGCAUUGUCCACCCAAAUGAAAUCUUAACUGCAGACUUCAAGAACAGUGACCAAAAAAUGACUGUGCGUGUAAAAUUUUAUUAAGUUUCUGUAUUGGUAAACCUUUCUCCUUAAAGGGGAAUAACCUGAUCUGUCUUAAAUAUAGGUUAAAUUCAAAAUGGAACACUUACUGGCAUAAUGAAUAUGCAUUAGAAGCAUGUAAACAACCACUCAUUUCUGGUGUGAUAUAGUGGAAGACAACACCAGUGACAUAUUGUACAGUGUACUGGAGUUGAGAUAAACUAGUAGAUGUCACGACAACUUUCAGUUAUGUCUGACAUGCCUUCCCUUGGAAGGAGGAAUGAUUGCCUGUACACAUUCAGAACUUAAUAGCGUUUUAGGUGUCUCAAAAGUGUUGUAUAUGUUACUGUAAAAUUCCUCAAAAAUAUGUUUUUACUUAAAAUUAUGUGCCAUACAGCCUUUUGGACAAGUUAGAAAAGGAUCAAUUUUCAUUUCUUUUAAAGCAGAUUCCUAAAUAAAAACAUAAUGCCUUUGACAGAAAGGUUCCAAAGUAGUGUGCCAUGAAUGGAUGGAAACACUUAUGAAUGAUUAUUACACCCAUUAUUUAUCAGAGAAAUAUGUAUGUGGAGAAACAAAACCCUUCAAAUAAUACUACUCAAAACCUUGGAAUUUGGAAGUGUGUCAGAAGAGUGUGAACUUCUUCAUGUUAUUAUCAUUUGAAAGUAAAAAAGCUUAUAGAAGGGAGGUGAACAUAGUAGAUAGAUAAUACAUGAUAGUCACCUCUUCAGUAUAGCACAAUUGUGAAAUGGCUAUACAAUAUAAAUAAAUAAAUAAGAGUAAUGAAGCAAUAAUAAUGUAAUAAUAGUGUAAUAGUAUUGUUAAAAUAUCUUGAUCCAACAUUAGAUGAGUUUAUGAGUAGUAAAUAGUUUGUAGCUACUGGAUAAAGGUUUUUUGUUUUGAUACUAUUUCCUCUCACCUGGCACUUUUAAUGUUAAUUGAAACUGCUGUUGGCACACAGCAUAUUGCAAAUAAGUACUGAUUAAUACAGCCUUUUCUCAGAAAUAUCGCAAACCUUGCAAGUUUUCAUCCAAAGAAAAACUGCAACAGUUGUAGGGAAAUACAUAUUAUCUCAGAUUGACUGUUCCCAAACUUGUGAAGAUAUAAAAUGUGUUUAGGCAAUAUUAUUCCCUUACUUAUCUGCAAUUUCAAUGUUAGUAAGUGCCAAAAUAUGUUUAUCCAAAUAGCACUAAAAUGAGGCAAAGGCAGUAGUUUUCGAAUUGCAACUUAUUUGUCAUAUUAUAGUCUAAGCAAAUUUCAACAUUUUAGUUUGUUUUGUGUGAAAACUGUUGCACUAUUUUUGGCCGUAUUUUCCGGCAGUCGACUGCAUGCUGUUUGUGUAAGAAUUAUUUCUACAAUUCUUGUGAAAUGUCUCACCUGUAAUAACCACUAAACUCUAGCAUUGGAAUCUAGGUUUUUGGCAAAGUAUUUUGUUACCUCAGUCUUGUAUCAAUAUGCUGUACUUUUCAGCUUGUUACAUUGAUAAUGUUUGUUUCAUUAAUUAAAUAAUGUAAAAAAAAGGAAAAAAAAAGAGAUUGUUUACUUUGAACGCAAUUGCAAUUGGUUGUAAAUUCAAAGAUGUGCAAGGUAUGUAUGCCAUUACCAAUAAAAUAUUUUGAAAAAGAACAGUAGAG